GUCCGGCGGAGAAAAAUCGGAACAAAAGACGAAGAUUACCACCACUCAAGAUACUCGAAAUCGGAAAUGGACAUUAACGUUCGAAUCUCCGUCUUAAAAUCCCCCACCAAUAUCUGCCUGAUAAACCCUAGAUUCUCUUCGUCCUCCUCCUCUAGAUUCCGUUGCUCCAAAAGCGAAUCUCCCAAAAACGGAAACGAAAACGGUGAUAAAUCGUCGAGGGAUUGGGACAAGGCGUGGAAGAAUUUCAAGAAGCAGAGCAAGAAGACACUCUUCUCCCAGUUCAACGUCGACAAGUACGUGACGUGGAAUCCUCCGAGAUCGGAGUUUCCCUUGUCGGAAGAAGUCGAUCCCAUCAAAAGAACAGAGAGAUCCAAUCUCAUGCUCUGGACUAGUCCAACGUUCACUUUGAUUGGAGCCAUCGUCAUUGUCUCUUUCCUCCUUCUCUACACCAUUCUUGCUCCUCUCAAGUGAACAAAACUUUUAUUUUUAACUUUUCUCAUUCACCUCUGCAAUUAAAGGCCAUUUAGAUCAGAUUUCUGAAUCUUAUUUUUACUGUUUGUAUACAUUAUUAUAGUUUUUACAAAAUAAGAUCCUAGUUUCAA